AAUUGAGACAGAAGGACGAGGAAGGCUUUCUGAAACCUGAGGACACACAGAACCUUAUUUAUGUUUUACAAUUGUUGUCGAUCGCGCUUCAACUGAGCUGAAGAACCUUCCAGAACCAGAAUCCAGACCCCAGAAGUGCAAUGGCGGCGAUCAAUGUCCACGGAAGCCCCUUCUCCACUGCCUCCCAGAGGGUAUUCGCCACUCUCUACGAGAAAGAUGUGGACUUCGAGUUCGUCAACGUCGACAUGCGAUCCGGCGAGCACAAGAAGGAACCCUUCAUUUCUCUCAACCCUUUUGGGCAGGUUCCCGCUUACCAGGAAGGCGAUUUGACCCUCUUCGAAUCAAGGGCGAUCACAGACCACAUAGCCCAGAAAUUCGCAAGCAAAGGUACACCCCUGACAACCGGAGAGCCAGAGAUGAAAGUAUGGCUGCAAGUGGAGGUCAACCACUUCGAGCCGGCUUCAUCGCAGCUGGGAUGGGAGCAGGUGUUCAAGCCAAUGUUCGGCAUGACCACCGAUCCAGCAGCAGUGGAAGCCAACGAAGCCAAGCUGUCCAAAGUUCUGGAUGUGUACGAGACGAGGCUGUCCAAGUCCAAGUACUUGGGAGGUGACCAGUUCACAUUGGUGGAUCUUCACCACCUCCCCAACAUUCAGGUCUUGAAUGGAACGCCCACGAAGAAGCUCUUCGAUUCUCGCCCCAAACUCAGUGCCUGGAUUGCUGAUGUUACUGCCAGGCCGGCUUGGUCCAAGGUCCUUGCUAUGCAGAAGCAGUGAAGCUAGGGAAAACCAGUGCUGCUCUCUUGUCGACCUGGAGUUGCAAGUGUUUUUAUGUGGUUGUUGUUAGUUGGCUUUUCGUCUUUGUGUUUGGUUGGACCUCUCUGAGCUGCUUGUUGUUACAGUCUUCUAUGGAGGACUGGAUUGGGAAGCUUUUUCUUGUAUGGCAUUUUAAAGAAUAAAAGUAGCCAGGAGCGGGACUUAGCUUGUGGUUGUGGUUACUGGUUAUUGUGUUGACUGUGCUUCUCUUUGUGUUUGUUUUUGGAGAGAAAAGCAAUGAGAAUCAGAAAAAACGAAAAAGUGUAGCUUUGUCGGCCAUUUUGUCUUUUCAAACUCGCAACAGUGGUGAAAUUCCUAUGAUAUGAAAUCGCAUUAGUG